CAGCUGCCACUGACCUGCCGCUGUUUGCUGACCUGCCACUGCAGUUUUGAUUGCUUUGAGAGCUUGUGAGACGGCUGUGUGCAUAAAUGUCCACCGUUUUGUCCUGUUUUGUUUGUAAUUGGAAUGAUCUCAACCCACAGUGCAGGAAUUGUGACUACCAACAAGAGGCAGACAACAGCUGCAUAUACGUCAAUAAGAUCACACACGAGGUUGAUGAGCUGACGCAGAUCAUCGCUGAUGUAUCUCAGGAUCCAACUUUACCAAGAACAGAGGAUCAUCCCUGUCCCAAAUGUGGUCACAAGGAGGCAGUGUUCUUCCAGUCCCACAGUAUGAAGGCAGAGGACGCCAUGAGACUGUACUACGUCUGUACGGCUCCUCACUGUGGACACAGGUGGACGGAGUGAAGCUGAUCUUCGUGUCAGUUAUUUUUUAACAGUUGUCAUUUUCAGAUGUGUUUUGUUAGAUUAAAAGAAUCAGUUGUUUAA